AUGGAGUGUUGUCUGUGGGGAAGAUUCGCAGAACUUAUUGAAUCUCAUCUUCAAGAGAAUGAAGGGAAACUAAUAAUAUGUUUGAUUAGGUUUGCUAAAAUCAGCUACUACAAAGGAAAUAUGCAAAUAACAAAUGCAUUUGAUGCUUCCCUUGUGACUCUCAACCCAGAAAUGCAAGAAGCAGUUGAUUUUAAAGAAAGGCUGUUGCAAGCGUUGCUUCCUCUUGCUAUUGUGGAAAACAAACCGGCUUACAAGGCUGUGAAGCAGCAAGCAGAAGAUUGGGAUGAUGUUCAAGUCUGUUCAAUUUCUGAGAUUUUGGUGGCUGUUGAGGCGCAGAAAUGCAAAAUCGUGUGCUCCAUCGAAUCAAUUAACACUGAUUGGGGUUGGUUCUUUUUUGGACAUGAUGCAAAUGGAUGCAACCGCCGUGUUACUAGGAUCGGUAGAAAUGAUCCUAGAAGAAUUGCACAAAAUGAAAAACCAUUAUGGCGUUGUGAGAACUGCCGUGCUAAUGUCACUAAUAUGUCUCCAAAGUACAAGCUUCAUGUGUAUGUGGCAGAUGACAGUGACACAUGCAAACUGAUGUUGCUUGACUCUGUUGGAAAAACUGUUAUUGGUAACGAAGCUGUGGAGCUUUGGAAUGGCUCAUACGAUGAGACAAGUAUAUUUGAGUGUAUUGAAGAUCCAGAAGAUCUCCCUGAACCAAUACAGAAUUUAGUUGGGAAAUCAUUUUGUUUUGGUAUUUCGAUUAGCUCAGACAAUGUCACAAACGGAGCAGACACUUACUUGGUGGCAGAAGUAAGGGGUGGUGAAGAGAUUCAUAAAAUCGAAUCUCAAACUGCUCCAGUUUCUCUUAUUGAGUCUGGUUCGUCUACCUUCUCUGCUGGAGAGGUUUCAAAGUUUGAUCCUAAUUCUCAGAAUUCUGCUGAAGAUGUGACCACUCCAUUCUCUAAGCGAAAGGAUAACGAUGAUCUACCUGAUGUGACCUCGGCCUCUAAGAAGUUGUGCACGGAUACAAUCAAGCCGGAGAAAACUAAAACUGAAUAG